AUGAAUUUCCUCUACCGAACUACGCAGCCUGCAGCACCUGAGCUUCCAAGAAUUUCAGAGCAAGAUCAACUCAGGGAUGCCUUACAAAAGCCGACUACGACACUGGAGAGUCUCAUCGCGGACGAUUCAUACCAGCCCUCCUCCACCCGCAGCGAAGAUGGUGCUGCUAAUAAUGGUUCUAGGGAUAUCAGUGGGGAUCCUUCAUCUCUAGAUUCGAAAAGCCUGGUCCCCAGUGGGACACAUGCCGAUGUUGCGGAGGAUGAAGGAUGGAUAACAAUUCCAUGCAGUUCGCGAGUUAGUAACAUCUACAAUUUUCUUACAGAGGCACUUCCUGAAAGUUUGAAUGACAUAUCAGAAAUGGUUCAGUUGCAGACUCUGGACCGUUCCUUCCUUUUCCCUGGCGAGCAGGUCCAUAUACUGGUGUGCCUGUCAGCUUCUAAGCAAGAUGUACAGGUUAUAUCCCCCUUUAGAAUUGCUGCAGUGAUGUCUAAGAAUGGAAAUUCUUUGCAAAACUCUACAAAUAAAUCUAGCCCUGUCAGUGCAAAUGGUCAUGAUAAUGGAGCAGCUGGAGAAAGUGGCUAUCAGGAUGUUGAACUCAAUGGUGAAGCCUCUCCUUCAGAACAUGAUAUUUUGGAGACUCAAUCUCUCCUUCAGAUGGAGGACCAUCAGCAGCAGAUCGAACAUGUCUUGCAAAGAUUUAGGGAAUCCAAUUUUUUUGUCCGGAUUGCGGAGUCAGAUGAGCCUCUCUGGUCCAAGAAAAGAGUAACUUCAGCUACGACGGCAGAUGAACGAUCAGAUAACCAGGGAAAUAGUAAGAGCUCAAAGAGUAAUGUUUACAAUACCAUUUCUGAUAAAGGGAUUUUUGAUGGUAGCACAUCUGGGGGAGUCGCUCGAGAUGUUGUCAAGUGUUAUUCUCUGCAGAACGGAGACAUAGUGGUUGUUUUGCAAGUGAAUGUUGGCGUUAACAAAUUGGAAGAUCCUGUGCUUGAAGUCCUUCAGUUUGAGAAAAGUAUAUCGAACAAUUGUAUGCCUCAGAAUCUUGUGGAUGGACUUUCUGACAGUAAUAAUGACCCAUGUCAGGAGCUGCUUAGUUGGCUGCUCCCUUUAGAUCGCACAUUACCGCCUCGUUCUUUGGCACCCCCUACUCUCAAUCCAAGUGUAUCACACAAGCAAUCUUAUUCUGCUUCUGGUUCUCAAAUAUUCAAUUUCAGAAGUUACUCCAUGCCUUCAGCCUCUUCUGUUCAGACACCGAAUAAUAUAAGACCACCACCAAUAUCUGAAAGUCAAGAAUUUAUGCCUGAAAAACCUGCAAAAACCCCAGACAUUAUAAAUGAUGGGCAGCUUUCAUUUAGAGGAGUUCCUUUAGAACCUGAACGGUAUUCUGUACGUUGUGGUUUAGAAGGUGUGUAUCUACCAGGGAAAAGAUGGAGGAGAAAAGUUGAAAUCAUUCAACCCAUUGAGGUUCAUUCUUUUGCUGCAAAAUGUACUGUGGAGAAUCUUCUCUGUGUCACUGUAAAGAAUAUUGCUCCUACUCAUGCGAAAGAUAUAGUUGUAUUCAUUGACGCAAUUACUAUUGUAUUUGAGGAGGCAUCCAAAGGAGGUGCUCCUUUGUCAUUACCAAUUACUAGUAUUGAGGUUGGACAUGGUCACAGCUUACCAAAUCUAGCACUCAGGAGGGGCGAGGAGCACUCUUUUAUUCUCAAGCCAGCAACUAUGUCCUCAAGGGAACGUAAGACCAGCGGUUAUGCACCUCCAGCCUUGUCACUCCCAACGAUGACCGGUGCUACUUUAAAUACUCAUACACCAAAGGUUGGUGAGCCAUACGCUAAUCUAAGCGACCAAUAUGCUGUACUGGUAUCUUAUCGCUGCAAUUACACAGAAUCUAAACUUUUUUUCAAGCAAGCAACAAGCUGGCGACCCUCUGCAGCCAGUGAUCUUAUGAUCUCUGUAUCAUCCGAACUGUCUUUACGAAAUCCUAGUCUUGGUGCUCGAGUUCCUCAACUUCCCUUGCAGAUACUAACACUCGAAGCUACUAAUAUGACAUCCGAAAACCUUACAUUAAAUGUCCUUGCUCCUGAAGCAUCUGGUUCUUCUUCAGUUGUAUCCUUAAACUCAGCCCCAACCACCCCAAAUGGUUCUUUUGAUGGUGUUAAUGAGUCAGCAAAAAGAUCUGGGCUGGGAAAACAUGGAAUUGGCUUUCGAAGAUUGAAUUCUGUCCUAGCUACAUCUCCAAAAGAAGGUGAUAAUGGAGGAAAUAGAAUGAGUAAUGCUUCAGGCUGUACUCAUCUGUGGUUGCAAAGUGCAGUGCCCCUAGGGUGUGUUCCUCCUCGUUCAAGCACCACUGUCAAACUUGAGCUGCUUCCAUUAACAGAUGGAAUUAUCACACUUGAUACACUGCAAAUAACCGCAAGGGAGAAAGGCCUUGCUUACGUACCGGAGCAUUCCUUGGAGAUACAUGCCACCUCUGGCAUGUCAUCAGGAAGGUCAUAG